UCGGAUUAAUACCAAUUGAUCUGAAAUCUGAAAUUAGAUACUCAAUCAGUUUCAGUGUACACAUUAUUUAAUUGUAAACCACCGAGAACCAUUUUAAAUGCAACUAUUACAAGCGCGGAAUCAGACAAUAUUUAUUUACCAAACUGGUUUAUUAUUAUCUAGAUAUAAAACUGGGUAUUCAAUGCUGGAAAGUUAUAGGCUGUUUCCAUUAAAUUUUGUGACGCACUGUGUUAAAUGAACUUGAAUGGGAUUUUAACGUCUCGGAGAUAUCUUAAGGACUUUACAAGCCUCGACGAAAAACAUACAAAACUUGUGGAUAGCAUACGAGUUAACAGCAUAUACAAUCGCCGUAUAAUUGUGCAGCUUUCACACCAGAAUCUUGGCCUGUAGUUGGAUAACGUCACCAAAGGACCACUGCCGCUGGCGAUGGCUGACGUCAUGGUGGCGGUCAGCGGCCACGGCCCGGAAGCGGCAGCAAGGCGCCUGAGCGCACUGACGCCCGUCGUGGAGGACGACGAACGGGACGAGCUAGUUCUCCAACAUCCGGCCUUCCGUCACAUCGAGGAAGACGAGGUGUUUCUUACCGAAACGAAAACAGCGGAAGCGGAAACGUCCACCCAAAAAGGGGCUGACAAUCAAACUGACGUCGAUGACGUCGAUUGUGGUGAAUCACGCGAUGAGAACGGAUUGAACAGUGACAGUGAACAUUAUGAUGAAGUAUACAGUGACAGUAACAGUGAAAGUUCCGACUGUGAGUCGAAGGAGGAGGAUUAUGAAACAGAUCUCGAGUUUGACGAGGAAAGGUGGCUGUACCCAGAGCGGUUCGACCUCGACCUGACGGGGAAGGCCAAAUAUAUAAAGACUUGUGAGGACAUGGGCAUCUCCCCGACAACAUACUUCAUCAAACACAUACAGGAUCGCGAGUUAAAGAUGAAGUUCCACGGUCUUGGCCCGCUGCGGAUGAAGGCCCUUUCCGUCCCCCUCCAGACGAAUACAAACAUUGAGGUGCUGAAUCUCGCGGGUAACGCCAUUGACGAGCCCGGGGCUGUAUGUCUCACCAAGGUGCUCAGGGAAAACUUCUUCAUCACAGAACUUGUGCUGGCGGAAAACAAGCUGGGGACGGAGGGCGGCCGUGCGAUAUGUGAGAUGCUCAUUAACAACCGGAACUUGUACAAGGUCGACCUCACCGCCAACGAGAUCGGGGACGGCGCUGUGCCCAUGAUCUGCGAAGUCCUUUAUAACAACAAGCUGCUGAAAGUUCUGUUGCUCGGCAACAACCAGUUCGAGGACGAGGGUGCGCGGCAGCUGAAAGCCGCCAUCUCGGACAACACGACACUCGAGGUGCUCGACCUCAGCUGGAACAACUUCAAGUGUAAGGGGGCAAACUUCCUCGCUGAGGCUGUGCAGGAGAAUAUCGGAUUAAAAAGUUUUAAUAUGGCGAUGGCGGGCCUAGGGCAGGAUGGAGCCGAAGCUCUGGCACGCGCGCUCCGAGAGAACCGGACGCUGCUGGAGCUGGACGCCAGCCUCAACCGAAUAAACGUUGAAGGCGCCAUCUCCGUGGCCAGGGGCGUCAAAGAGAACGACACCAUUAAGGUCCUCAAGCUUGGGUCCAACCCGUUCGACUCCAAAGGCGCCAUGGUGAUCCUGGAGGCGGUGGACAUGAACGACUCCAGCGAACUUCAGCUCCUCGACUUCAGUAACAUCAUGGUAAAGGCGGGUUUCGCGCGGCUGGCGGCCCGGCUAACGGAGGAGCGCGGUAUCCGGAUCGUUAGCGAGGGCGUCAUUCCUGAAGUGGGUCGCACCAACAGCGCCAGACAUAAUGCGUUCCGGUCUGACCCGGUUGGGGUGUUCAAGGCGGCCGCAGAAACGGCGUCGCUGGAUCUUGGGGAGCUGAUGGUGCCGUUCAUGGACGAGGAGUACACUGUCGACAUCCGAGAGUUCAAAACGGCCAUCAAUGGCGCGGGCCUUGGACUGACGGUCGAUCAGGUGAACCUGGUGGCGCUACGCCUCUCAACGGACGGCCGCGUGCAGUGCAGAUUGUUGUUUGAUAUCCCGGAAAGAGAGGGUGGAGGGAGCGAGGGCAGCCGAGAGGAAACGCUAUCCUCGGGUCGCUCAGAGGCGUCCGGUAGCGCAGCAGGUAGCCGGAAGUCAGCACGUUCCGCCAGGUGAUGACCUCUACAUCGUCCCCACACAUGAAUACUGACCGCCAUGCGACAUCAGAUUCAUAUUUUCCUCACGUUAUAAUCUCAUAUUGCACCCGAAGGGUACCUCCUCAGAAGCUAUGGAACAUUCUUUAUGAAGGGUUUCUAAACCAACAUAUCCCUGUCCGGGCUCUUUAGAAGACGCCUCGCGACAAACAUAUUUUAGCAUAUGCAGUGCUAAACUGGUGGAUUUCGUUAGUUGCAAUAUACCACUUUCUUCGUCGCACAUUUGAAAUUAAGUUGAGUGGUGGAACUAAGCCAUCUUAAAUCUAACAUUGCUCGAAAUACUAGUGUCACUGCACUUUGCAUAAACAUUAUCUUUCACAUAAGUGCGGGAAUGAUGAAGCAUGCCUUGAAACAUUGAUAAAACUCGGUGUUGGUGAUACAGGAACCUUUGGUAUUGCCAUUGCAUUUUAUGAUAGUGCAUUUAUUAUCUUCUAUACUUUUUGCAAUAACUAUUGUUGUUUUGUUUUUCAAAUAUCGUUGCCUUUAAAUUUUAGAAUAAAAAAUGUGA